UUGUCUAUAUAAUUACUUGUCUAUAUAUAGUUUUUUAUAUAUUUUACAUAAUCUGAAUCCAAAUUAAGAAGAAGAAAAAAAAAAGAGGGAAUUGAAGAUGGAAAUUGUCAAGGUUAGUGAGAAAAUAGUUGUAUCUGUUGUAAUUGCAAUGUUGUUGUGUUACAAUGCAACGGCAUGUCGUAAUUCAACAUCAGCUACGAAACAAGUGCAAGUUCCUUGUUUCUUCAUAUUUGGGGAUUCGUUGGUUGAUAAUGGUAACAACAAUGGUAUUCUUACGUUGGCUAGAGCUAACUACCAGCCUUAUGGUGUCGAUUUUGCUCAAGGUGCUACCGGCCGUUUUUGCAAUGGUCGAACUGUUGUCGACGUCUUGGCUCAACUUCUAGGGUUUUCAGACUAUAUUCCACCAUUUUCAAGUGCUACGCGCGCUUCUCUUAUGCGGGGAGUUAAUUUUGCAUCCGGAGCUUCUGGUAUUAGGGACGAGACCGGCAAUAAUUUGGGGGCUCACAUUUCAAUGAAUGAACAAGUGAACAACUUUGGUAGGGUGGUACAACUAAUGAGGAGAUCGAGAUCUUUUAGGGGAGAUCCAAACGGCGUUCAAAAUUAUUUAAGCAAGUGCAUCAUUUAUUCCGGAUUGGGUAGCAAUGACUACCUCAACAAUUAUUUCAUGACUGACUACUACUCUACUUCUUCCCAAUUCACCCCAGAAGCCUAUGCUACUACCCUUCUUCAAGAUUACGCCCGCCAACUCACGGACUUGUAUCGACUUGGAGCGAGGAAGGUGAUAGUACCAGGAAUCGGACCAAUUGGGUGCAUACCUUAUGAGCUAGCUCGGUACAAAGGGACAGCACAAAAUCCAUGCAACGAGCAGAAGAAUAAUAUUAUCAAUCUCUUUAAUUCAGGCCUAAAACAAUUGGUUGAUACCAUUAACAAUGGUCAAUUCCCGGGGGCUAAGUUCGUAUACUUGGACUCUUUUCAAGGAAGCAAAGAUUUGGACAAAAAUAGUAAAGCUUAUGGACUUGAGGUAACAGACCAAGGAUGUUGUGGAGUAGGGAAAAACAACGGCCAAAUAACUUGCCUACCAUUGCAAACUCCUUGUGAAAAUCGUGACAAGUAUUUAUUUUGGGAUUCUUUUCACCCAACUGAGGUUGCUAAUGUCAUACUCGCCAACAAGGCAUAUAGCUCAAGGCCCAAUACUUAUGCACACCCCAUUAACGUUCGCCAAUUAGCAGCACUCUAACUACUAAUAAUAUAACUAGUCUAUCUUGUAAUGCAUGUUUUUGUUUUUGUUUUUGUUUCCUCCAAAAUUAAUUUCAAGUAUUCAUUUGUAUUACGUUCCGCGACCGACUUGUACUAUUUCAAAUGCGGAUCCUAGCUUUACAAUUCGUUUAACAACUCAAAGAUAGAGUUUGUAUUGUCAAAUAAGGGCACAUGUUUUUUAUUUGAAUUCAACUAUUGGAAACCUUUA